ACCAGAGCGGGUAAGAGUUUUGCGCGGGUGUGGACUAGCGAGCGGGCGAGCAGAUGCGCGAGCAAGAGUGCAGGCGGGAGGGUGUGCGAGCGAGACAGUGUGCGAGCGAGAGAGUGCACAGGCGAGAGGUUGAGCGGACGAGAGAUUGCACGGACGAGAGGUCGCGCGAGCGAGAGGUUGCGCGGGUGAGAUGAUGCAGGGGUAUGUGAGAGCAGGUGGUCAGGCGAGAGCAGCGAGAAGAGCCGAUGAGCCACCGAGUGAGCAGGUGAAAGCAAAGAUGGGCGAGCGCACGGGCGGGCGAGAGACCAUUGAGACGACGGUAGUGGUCGAGAGUGAGGUCGAGAGGAUGCGCGAGAGCAAGGCAGGGAGGGAACGAGAAGCCGAGAGAGUGAGCAUGCAAGAAGGCGGAAGGCUGAAAGCACAAGUAUGCGAGCGAGGCAAGGCAAGCGAGAUAACAGGCCCCAUUGGCAGAGUAGGGCAGAGAGAGUCGGAUGCGAGAGCGAGUACAGGCGGGGGCGUGACAGAUGGCAGGCAGGCAGGCGAGCAUGCAAGAGGGCAGAUGGGUGGACAAGCUGGUUGGUAACACGCUUGUAGGUAGGCGAGAGAGAGCAACGUCGAGCCUUCCCACAGUCUUCCUAGGUGCUCAUAACUGUGUUUCUUCGCCUUCCUCUCAUGCUACCCUUGCCUCUUCGUUCCGCUCUUGUCGCGCUCGGUGCAAUCCAGAGCCAGGCAAGCGGUGCGUUCGAGUCGAAAGAGACGGGGAGAGAUGGAGAAUGGGAGGGACAGAGAAU